AAUCAAAAUUGAAAAAUGGAGGCUUUGGGAAGCUGCGUGGCAAAUGCCGUGGUCCGCCACUCAAAAAUUUUAAGAGAGAGCGAGAGGAAUCCAGCGACAGAGAUAGAAAGAAGAAAAGCCGGAAUCUUCAUACAAAUCCCCGGAAAACUAUCCAAGCCCCUCUUUUCUUUCUCUUUAGUCCUUACCAUCUGAAACCCAAUUCUCUCUCACUCACUCUCUUUCUCUCUCUGCACAGAUUGUCCAAUUAAAAAGUUCCCCAAUUGUCCCCAUUUCCACAUCCCUGUUCUUAAUUUUUGAACUUUUUUGUUUGUUCCCCAAUUACACUGUGUAGAUCAUAGAUCAAUUAGAUAAACCCAGAUUUUAGAUUUCUGUAUUGCACGAAUUCCUCUGUCAUAGCUCAAUCAAACCCAUUUUUUCUUUUUGUCAAAAUUUCGAUAUUUUUAAAGCUCAAUUGUGACACAUUUCUCUCUAAUUCUGAUAUGGACGAGUUUGGUGUCUUAACCGAGCAAUAUGGGUUGAAGCCCCAAGGCAAGUCGGCUCCAAUGGCCGCAUCCAAACGACCCACGAGCGCCAACGACACCCAGGCCUGGAACUUCGUGGCCGAUUCGAAUUCGAACCCCAAAACGUCGUCGUACUCUUCCAGAUCUCCUCCCCCAAAUUCCAAUUCCGAUUACGCGUCUUUUUUUGACGCUCAGGACGGGCUCUUCCAGUCGGGCUCUAACGACAAAACGCGCAGUUUUGGAGGUCUGGACGAUUAUGAUGACAUCUUCGGCGGACCCGUUAAGCCCACAAAGCAUUCAGAAGGUUCUUUCAAUUUUGAUUCGUUAUUUUCCGGUUCUAAUGCAAAAUCGUCGUCGUUUAAUGGAUAUGAGGAUGCCUAUGACGUGUUUGGUGGAAUGCCUGGCUUGAAGAGCCCGGGCUCUGGUAAGAGUAAUGCGAAGGGGGAUGAUAUUUUUGGGUCAUUUGCUUCGGCUCCGAAGCAGAGUGCUACAGUUGAUGAUCUGCUAGGUGAUCUCAGCGGAAUAAGACAAAAACUGCAAACUUUGAACGUGAAGAAUGAUAAAAAUGUUAAUAGGUCUGCAAAGGUGGGGAAGAAUGGAGGUGAUUUUGAUGAUUUGAUACCUGGGUUUGGUGGAAGCGCUCCUUCAAAUAAUGGAACAUACGCACAGGAGAAUCAUCGUCAGCAAUCGACCGUUCAUUCAACUAAAUCAAACUUCAGUUCAUCAUUGGACGACCCCUUUGUGGUGUUAGAAUCAGUUUCAACUUCAACUUCAACACCCGCAUAUGAUUCCUCAGAUAUUUUUUCAGAACUGGAACAAAUCAGUAAGUUCAGCAAUUCUGCUGGAGCAAAACUUGGUGUUUCAUCAAAUAGUUCCACAAAAUUGAAAUCCCCUCCAAAGUCAGCCCAAGUUUCAAAGGGAGAUAAAGAAAGGAGCUCUGGUGUGUCUUCUAUAGACGAACUUGAGGAAUUUGCCAAAGGUACGGUGCAAAACAAUGCAACUGGACGCACAAAUUUUCAUUCUCAUGAAGAUGUAGAAACCUCAGCCACUAGACGUGGUAGAUCUAGUGAAGAUGAUCUAAUGGGUUUUCGAUCAAACAGUGUACCAAGGUCAUGGGCUGCACCUGCAACUUUGGACCCAGUAUUUGAUGCACCGACAAACAACAGAGGAGGGCCUAGACCCCAAGGGACAUCUGGAACCUCAAGUAGCAUGAAGAAGUCUUCGUCUGCGACUGGCAUUUUUGAUGACCUUUUUUCAAUGAAUGGAGCUUCCCCUGCUUUUGUAGAAUUUGAGGAAGUUGAAGGUGAAAGUGAAGAAAGACGCAAAGCCAGAUUGGGACGUCACCAAAGAGCACAUGAGCGUGCGUUACAAGCAGUGGCUGAUAUGAACCAACGCGAUCGUAAGACUCAGCAGGAGCAAGAUGAGAAGCGUAGAAUUGCUGAGACUCUCAAUAUCAAAAUAAAGAGCUGGUCGUAUGGGAAAGAAGGCAAUAUGCGUGCACUGUUGUCAUCAUUGCAAAGUGUGCUUUGGCCUGAAUCUGGAUGGGAGCCAGUUUCACUGACAGAUUUGAUUACAUCCGGCUCAGUUAAAAAGGUUUAUAGAAAGGCCACAUUGUGUAUCCAUCCUGAUAAGGUUCAACAGAAAGGUGCUAGUCUUGAACAAAAAUAUACUGCGGAGAAGGUUUUUGAUAUCCUUAAGGAAGCUUGGAACAAGUUCAACAAGGAGGAACUCUCUUAGGAAUUUUGAUGAUUCAUUCUUUAUAGCUUGAUCCGUUUAACAUCCACAAGGGUUCCUCCUUGGGAGGGAAGAUGCAUGUGCUGUGCUGGUGGAAAUGCUGGUUUGCAGCUACAAAGCAAGAUGGGCUGAAUUUCGCUUCCGUUAUCUAUUACAAAUUUACAAGACUUCAUUUUUAUCUGUAAAAUCCCUGGUAAGGAAUACCGAUGUUUAUGGUUUUGUAUAUCAAUGGUGCCACAGAAAUAUUACAAAAUAAAGUGGGAUGAAAUCAAUAUAUUCUACCCUUUUGUUGUGAUAUU